AUGCCAAUCAUUCACAAAUUCUUCCAGUUGGCGGAAAAAGAGAAAACAUUUACAAACUUGUUUUGUGAGACCAGCAUAAUCUUCAUACCAAAAAUUGACAAGGAUAUUACCAGAAAGGAAGAUUACAGGAAAGAAGAGACUCUUCUUCUGGCCAAGAUAAAAGACACACAAGCCACUCAAGAAACAUCGACAGCUCUGCAGAGUCAAGGUCCUGAGCAGGAAGAUAAAAUGGAGAAAGACACCUCAAGAGAAACUACAUAUGGCAACCUCUCAAGGGUACACCACUCUUCAGUACGUUUCCCAAGUACUGAAAAUUCCUAUAGCACAGCACAGCCAUUGUCACUGUCAUCAACCAGUGAAACACCUCUCUGUUGCUAUCUGUCUAACUUUGAGAUUAGUGGAAUGGCUAUAUUAAGGGGAUCAAAGUCUUCUAAAUCAGUUACAGGGGACCAAUCAGAAAGCACCUUGGAAAAAGUCAGUAGCUUCACAGCUCCAAAGAAAAAGACUCUGCUCAUCCCUCCUCCGGAGCCAGCUGUGAUAGGGGAAGGGGAGGAUUAUUUCCUAUCUUUGUUUGGUGAUUCAAAGAAACCUAUUGCACACUCAUUCAAUAUCAAGAAGAUUUGGAAGCACUUUUCUAUGAUUCUUGAAGAAGUGGGCUCAUCUAGAUCCAGUGCUUUUGGAGACAUUAAAAUAGCAGAAGUGAAUGAUUUAUUUGUGAAGCUCAUUAACUCUUCACUUAACAAAGAACUGGAGAUUGGAAAUCACAUUCUCCAGCAAAAUAUGAAUGGAAAACCAGACUCUCUGUACCAUUUCCCUCCCAAUAUCACAAUUCAUGCCAAUUCCACAGUAACAGUCUGGACAGCAGCAUCUGACAGAAAGCACCAGCCACCAUCAGAUUUUCUUUGGAAGGAAAAAGAAAAGUUUACAACAAGCCCAAAUUGUACAACCGUCCUGUGCAAACCUAAUGGUGAGGCCAUUGCCUGGUGCACUCCUAUUCACUGGAAGCAAGCAUGGGAGAAAUUAGAGACUGACAUUGAAUUUCAGAGAAGCUCAGUAGUAAAUGCAACCCCUCAAAAGCACAUGUUUCAUUGGCCAAAAGCUACAACUACAGCUAAAGAAAAACUUAAUCAACCUGAUACUGAGAUCUCAAACUACCAGAUGGAAGUAGUUCCAGUUUUUCUUAGGAGAGAAAAAGAAAUCCCACCAACUCUUUUCAUGAAUCGCAGCCCUUGGUGCCACAGUCCCGAUAACCCUGCACAUCCCCACUGUCCUCUGAUUGAACCUCACAAUCCCAGCAUGGAUGGAAGCCGUUUAAAUAGUCUUUCCAGGCCUCAGUCAGCCAUACCUAAUCCUAAUGAAGCCCUGAGAGAGUCACAGGGGGUUCAUCAGAAGCUCCCACAAGUUAAGGAUUGA